GUACACCUUCAUCUAUGUGUGGUGGUCUUAUCUUGUUCCGUGAUUAGUGGGACAUCCAUUUACAUCAUUCAAGGCCGAAAGGGAUCCUUCACUUUGAAAUUUGCGACUGUUGUGUAACCCGAUCAUUGUGACGAUGCAGCGUGAACACGAGGUUGAAAAUCUGGAAGAUAUCAUGUCCGAUUCUAUCGAGAUGUUCGGAGGUGAAACUUUAGAAGAUAACGGAACCAUCCAGUACGGACCUUUAGUUCUGGGCGUAGCUCCAAAGGAAGGAAAAGCCAACACGUUGUUAGCAGACCAUUUGUUUUCCCCCGCGCUCCUUCUCGCGGAGCAAGUUGAAAGAGGUUUGAUACCUGUGCAAGGCCAGAAAGUCCUUGAGAUUGGAGCUGGGUGUGCUCUUCCCUCAUUACUCAUGGCCACACUGCCAGAACCUCCGUGUCUAGUGACUGUUUCUGAUUACCCAGACGAAAUCAUUCUAGGAAACCUGAAGAGAAAUGUAGACAAGAACCGGCCGCAAUUCCAAUCCAACUGCACAGUUCGAUGCAUUGGUUAUGAAUGGGGUAAAGAUCCAGGACCACUACUGGCAUUACUUCCACCACAUGACAACCUGGGAUACGAUAUAAUGAUUUUGUCUGACCUACUCCAUUUUAACAACUCUCACGAAGCACUCAUCACCGCCAUCACCUCCUUCCUCGUUACAUCCGCUACAUCACGGGUUUAUGUAGCGGCGGGAAAAUACACCGCAGCAGAUGUAUGCAGCGGGUUUUUGCGGAUGAGCACGUUGAUGGGAUUAAUCUGGGAAGAAGGCGCGGACCCAAGCAAUGCAAACCCUGUCACUUGGUUAGGAGAAAUGCAGGUUAGCGGUCUCGAUAAGGGACAGCUUGCUGAUCGCAAGGGAAUGUGCCGAUGGUGGAUCGGCAGGUGGUCCGAAAGCCACCUGGAUGUAUGGAGCCCUCGCUGAUAUGGUGUUCUUUGUCAUUGGUAGUCUGGGAACAAUGUUCAGCCCGAUGAGUCUGAACAAAGUAUCUGCCUCGAUAUUGAUGAUGCGAUGAACCUGCCUGUUUUCUUCUAGUCCAUUUCAAGUUG